AAUGCUAAUAAUAAAUUGACAAUGUCACAUCAAAAUAGUAGAAUAAUGACGCGGUAUUUAGCAUUAUUUUGUAAUCUUUUAGCAAUAUAGCUUUGUAGAAGGCAACUGACUUGCAUAAGGCAACCGACUUUAAAUCUUCACUAUGAAAUUGAUAAGAGGGUUGGGUGAUCUUUGGUGACGUCAGCACGGUACAAGAAUUCAAUGUGGGCGGAAUAAGAGGGAUUGGUUUAUUUUAGACCAUCAUAUUUUAAUGAAGUGACGUGGCAAAAUCUAAGCCGCAGAUGUGAGGAAUGUGAAGUGGAGGUGUCAAAAUAUGGAUUUGGGAAUCGGGUUCUACCAAACCUGCAUGUUAACUGUUGGGCAUGGGUUCUGAGUUCUGAAUUUUCUCAUUCUGCAUGAUGUUGGGCUGAGCCCAAAUAACGUUUAUACUUUAUGCACAUAGAAUUUAUUAGUUCUUAAUGGAUUAUGCUUAGAUAAAUCAAUAAUAAUAACCAUUUUCAAAAUCGUUUAAAAUAGGCUCUAAUAGAGACUUAAAGAUGGCUUAAAAGGCCCAUUACUUAUAUUUGGGUGACAGAUAAUAGUCGCAUCUAAUAAUUGCAAUCACCACACAUAUUCUCGGAUAGUAUAUAUAUAUAUCAAAGAAAAUGCGAGCUUCUAGCACCUAACAAUAAUUGUCCCUACCAAUAGUAAUAACUCUUAACAUUUGUUUUCACUAUUACUAUAGCAUUCUCAUGUGUCAUUAGACUCUAGAUUUAGAGGUGAUGAUUUGUGUUUGAGUCAUGUUGAGGCACGAGUAUAAGACUAUAUGUCAACCAUAAUUCAAUAUAUUUAAUUAAACAGGCUAGACCUUCUAAUCGUAAUUUGCUAAUUUCCUAUUAGAUUCGUAAGUUGUGUUAAAAACUGUCAACCCUAAAUGUAGGUUUGGGUUGUGUUGAAGCAUAGGUAUAAUAAGAUUAUAUAAAUCAUCUAUAACACGACCAAUUUAAUUAAAUAGUUCAAACUCCUAAAACUUAAUUUGCUAAUUUUGUGUUAAGUUUAUAUCAAAUUCAUAGAUUGUGUUAAAAUCGCCAGUCCUGCCUAAUUAGAUUGGGAAAAUGCAUGCAUAAGUGGAAAUUUGUCAUGGCCUCUAAUAAAAGUAGUAGAACCAUCUAACAUCUCUCCUAACCAUCCAUUCACCACAAUCUUCUCCAAAUAGAUCUAGAAAUUCACUCCCAACCCAUCAAAUCUAACACUAUUUGUUUCACUUUCCAUAUUUAGGUAAUUAAAACUCCCCCUCUUUGCCCUAUAUAUUCAAAUCCCUCAUAAAUUCUUUUGAAAAACAACAGGCUUUAGGGUUUCAUAUUUGAUGUACAAUUAAAUAAAUCAUUAAAACAACAAAUAAAAAAAUCAAACAUGAAUUCCAAAGCCUCUUGUCUCCUAUCCUUUGCUCUUGAGCUCUUCCUUCUCUUCUCCUCCGCCACCUCCGCCUUCAACAUCACGAAGCUUCUCGGCCGCCACCCAAAUUUAAGCUCCUUCAAUGACUAUCUCACCCAGACUCAAAUCUCCCAACAAAUCAACAGUCGCAAUACAAUCACCGUUCUUGCCAUCGCUAGCAUUUCUGGAAAACCCUUGGACACGAUCAAGAAGAUGUUGAGCGUCCACGUGGUGCUCGACUACAUUGACGUCCAGAAGCUCACCAUGCUGCCCAAAAAGACCACCAUCCUCACCACCUUAUUCCAAUCCAGUGGCGCCGCCGCCAACCAAGAAGGGUUCUUGAACGUUUCGCUCGUCGAUGAGGGUGAGAUCGCUUUUGGGUCCGCCGUGAAGGGUUCCAUUCUCGCCGCCAAGCUUGUUUCGUUGGUGGCGGCUCAGCCGUAUAACAUCUCCGUGCUUCAAAUUACAGCUCCUAUAGUGCCUCUUAGUAUCGAUCAAGCGGCGUCGCCGCCUAAGGCUGCUAAAUCGCCUGCCGCUGCGCCCAAGAAGUCGCCGGCAACGCCUCUGACUCAGGCGCCAUCAAGCACACCGGCUGUCGAAGCUCCUACGCCAUCUCAAGAAGUGGCCGCUAAUGCCCCUGUAGUUCAUUCAAGACAAGGGCUAUACAGGUGAAAGAAGGUUUGGAGAAAACUGUUGCUGGUAUCACAGUGCUGGUCAAUCCUGAUAAGACAUUGAAAGACAAAAACAACUAGAUUGGCCAAUACGUUACAAAAUCAUUAAAGGCGUUGCUCGAGGGAUUAUUUAUCUUCAUGAAGAGUCUCGGCUUAGAAUUAUACAUCGCGAUCUUAAAGCUAGUAAUGUUUUGUUAGAUGAGGAUAUGAAUCCAAAAGUUUCAGACUUUGGCAUGACUAAGAUUUUUGGAAUUGACCAAACUCGAGGAAACACUCAUAGGAUUGCUGGCACAUUGCUUGGAAACUUUGGAGGGAUGGAACACCCUUGGAUUUGGUGGAUCCAACAUUGGGAGACUCUUAUUCGAGAGAUGAAGUCAUUAAAUGUCUUCAUAUUGGCUUACUAUCUAUACAGAAUGAUCCAGUUGAUAGGCCAACAAUAAAAUCCAUUGUUCUCAUGCUAAACAGCUACUUAGUUCCUCUGCCAUCAGCUAAAGAAGUAAAGAACCAGCAUAUUUAUUUAGAAGUGUAGGAGAGCAAAACAUGCAAUCAAAUGAGACAAAGUCAGAUGAAUCUAGAAGCAAAUCACUGCCCAUGUCUGUCGAUGAAGCAUCAUAGUAAGAGUUUAAGAGUCUUUCAGUUGUUUUGCAGUAGGAGUAAGUUGUAAGUCUAUAUAAGUACAGUUUAUGAAUAUAAUUGAUAGAAAGAAGUUUAUUUUCAAAUAUAUAUUUGAAGGAGGUUCAGGUUCACUUUAAGUAGCCUACCCAAAUCUCUUAAUAGUAUGUAAUUAUUGGCUCCUAUAAGACUAUCUCCAUGUUA